CCAGGUGUGGGUCAAGCACGGCACAUAGUUUCAGUUUGACAGCAGCAUCCAGUGUCCUGCUGGCAGCUUCUAGGAAGGCAGGGGUUGUGGACUGGCCAGCAGGCUGUUCUCCCAAAACUGAGUCGACGGGCGAGAACGAAGUAUCUAAAACACCCGAGCAGGAAAUUGGCCUGGGCAACACAGCCUGGAGGGAGCCACCAGCGAUGACGCUCUUCUUCCUCACCUGCCUGCUGGCUGUCUUCCCAGUGGUCUCCACGAAGAGCCCCAUCUUCGGUCCGCAGGAGGUGAACAGAGUGGAAGGCAGUUCAGCAUCCAUCAAAUGCUACUAUCCAGACACCUCUGUCAACCGGCAUUCCCGGAAGUACUGGUGCCAGCAGGGAGCCAGGAGCCGCUGCACAACCCUCAUCUCAGACGGCUACAUCUCCAAGGAGUAUGAGGGCAGAGCCAACAUCACCGACUUCCCAGAGAGCAACAUGUUUGUGGUAGACAUUGGCCAUCUCACCGAGAAAGACUCUGGGCGCUACAGGUGUGGCGUGGGCAUCGUUAACCAAGGCCUAUUCUUUGAAGUGAAACUGGUAGUCAGCCCAGGUCCUGGGCUCCGAAAUGACACUACAGUCUAUACAGCAGACCAGGGCAGAACAGUGACCAUCAACUGCCCUUUCAAGUCUGAAAAUGCUCAUAAGAAGAAGUCUGUGUGCAAGAAGACAGAUGGGACCUGUGUCCUAGUCAUUGACUCUGAUGGGUAUGUGAACCCCAACUAUAUCAGCAGAGCUCACAUCAGUAUUCAGGACACCAGCCAACUAGCGUUCAGCUUUAUCAUCAACCGACUCCGGGUCAGCGAUGCUGGGAUGUAUGUUUGCAUAGCUGGGGAUGAUUCUGAUGGUGACAAAAGCAAUGUUGACCUGGAAGUGCUGAAACCCGAGCCUGAGCUGCUUUAUGGAGACCUGAGGGGCUCCGUGACCUUUGACUGUGCUGUGGGCUCAGAGAUAGCACAUCUGGCCAAAUUUCUGUGCCGGGAAAGCAAAGGGAAACCCUGCGAACUGGUCAUCAACACCCUGGGGAGGGUGGCUCAGGCCUUUGAGGGAAGAGUCCUGAUUAUUCCCAAGGAAAAAGGUUUCUUCAGUGUGCAUAUUACUGGACUGGGGAAAGAGGACGCAGGGAACUACCUGUGCGGAGCCCACUCUGAUGGUGAGCCUGAAGAAGGCUGGCCUGUCCAGGCUUGGCAACUCUUCGUCAAUGAAGAGACAAUGAUUCCACGUAUUCCCUCCGUGGUGAAAGGUGUGGUGGGAGGCUCUGUGGCCAUGCUCUGCCCCUACAACCCUAAGGACAGAGACAGCCGGAAGUUCUGGUGUCGCUGGAAUGAGCGAAGUGGCUGUCCACAGGUGGUAAGCAGCGUUGGGCUGGUUAAUAAGCAGGAGUACAAACAGUACCAGGGUCGGCUCGUCCUGCAUGAAGAACCAGGCAAUGGCACCUACACGGUCAUACUCAACCAGCUCACCACCGAGGAUGCUGGCUUCUACUGGUGUCUGACCAGCGGCAACACUCACUGGUGGUUCACAAUGGAGCUCAAAAUUGUUGAAGGAGAGCCAAACCUUGAGGUGCCCAAGAAUGCCAUUGCAUGGCAAGGAGAGACUUUCAAGCUGCCCUGCCACUCGCCAUGCAAAUUCUUCUCCUACGAGAAAUACUGGUGCAAGUGGAGCAACAAAGGUUGCAAAGCCCUGCCCAGCCAAGAGGAGAGCACCAGGCAGGCCUCCGUGAGCUGUGACCAAAAGAACCAGCUCAUCUCCCUGAUCCUGAACCCAGUCAACAAGGAGGAUGAGGGCUGGUACUGGUGCGGGGUGAAGGAAGGCCCCCGAUUUGGAGAGACCGCGGCUGUCUACAUAGAGGUCAAGGAGAAGGCCAAGGAGACAGUGAAGGGGCCCCAAGAUGUCAGCCAAGUGAACGUGCCUCCUGGUGAGGAGGUGAUAGAGCCACAUGUCAAAGAGAUUGAGAAAAAAGUCGUUCAGGAACCCAGAGUUGUUGCGGAGGAUGUAGUAGCAGUGAAGGAUGCUGGAGACCCAGAUGGCAGGAGCAGAGCAUCCGCAGACCCCGGCAGCUCAGCCGGACAAGGAGGGAGCUCCACAGUGCUGGUCUCCACCCUGGUGCCCCUGGCCCUGGUGCUGGCGCUGGGAGCCCUGGCAGUGGGGGUGAUUAGAGCCCGGCACAGGAGGAACGUUGACCGGAUUUCAAUUAGAAGCUACAGGACAGAUAUUAGCAUGUCAGACUUCGAGAACUCCAGGGAUUUUGGAGCCAAUGACAACACAGGAGCCUCUCCCGUUGCUCAAGAGACAUCUCUCGGAGGAAAAGAUGAGUUCAUGGCCACCACCGAGAACACUGUGGAGAACGAAGAGCCCAAGAAAGCGAAGAGGUCUUCCAAGGAGGAAGCCGAAAUGGCCUACACCGCCUUCCUGCUCCAGGCCAACAACAUGGUGACCAACGUCCAGGACAGCCCCAGCGAAGCCUAGGCCAAGCGCCGGCCACCCUCUCCUUCCAUGUUUGAUAAUCACCUUCAGAAUCAAUCACGCUGAUCCUUAGGGCCUUCAGCUCAGAGGGCUUCACUGCCUGCACUCGCACCCCACCUACACUUUUUCUACCUGUCCUCAGAGAGUCUGCUGGUCCCUCCACAGUGGCAUCCAAGCCUGGCCUCAUUUCUGUUGGGGGUGGGGAGUUCCCACCUGAGGGAACUUAUUCCUCAUGAGACAACUAAGGUGUGGAAGGAGAAUGGAAUUUUUAGAGAGGCCUUGUCGAACAAAGAGAGCCAAAGAUGGGUGGGGAGAUCGUUUUAGACAGGAGGGCCAUUCAGUGCUUCCCUGCACCCUUAUUAUGGAUGUCACUGGGAUUCUCCUUUUCACUGCCUCCGUCCAUUUCUCAUUCCCUCCCUCCCAUCCAUCCUCUCUUCUUUCCUUCAGUAUAUGAAUCUUCACCCGUACCCAGGCACUCUGCUAGACGCAUGAACAGAGAGGCUACAUACCACACCUGCAGCUUUCUGUGAAUAUCACUGAGUCCUUGGAAGCCACAGCUCCUCUCAGGGUAUAUGUACUCACUACGACCUGAAAUCCUCAUCAGGUGUACUCGCCUCUCUGCCCAUAUUGGGAGAAAUCCUACAAAUAUCUGGAGUCCUAAGGCCUUAGGGAUCAUGUAGCCUGGGCAUACAUACAACAAAUCACAAACACACAUUCUUAACAUUUCACAGGUGAGAAAACUGAGGUCAUGAGAGCUGAAGAGGUUUGCUCAGAAGCACCAAGUGAGAUAUGCUAGUGUCAAAACUAGAUUUGUUGUCUCCUGUUUUCUUCACCAGGGAUCUCUCUAUAAGAGCCCCCACUCUCCUGGUGAAAACAGAAUUCUAGGAUGAGGAGGAAAAGUAAGAAGAGGAGGAGGUAGAGGAGGAAGAGGAAACUGUAAAUGGAUGCUGGUCUUUCACAGGCCCCACCUCAGGAAAGACAACUGUUUCCCUUUCUGUCACUCACAUGGACUUAAGAGGAUAAGGGAAUGGUCAAAUACUCAUAACCCCUGUGUUUGAAGGGUUCUGAGUGGAAGGAAAGAAAAAAGGAUAUUAGAUGGUGCAAAGGAGGGGCUGAUCUCCAAAGAGCUAAGAUUUGCCCUGACUGGUGUGGCUCAGUUGGUAGGGUGUCAUCCUGCAAGGCGAGGAAUUGCUGGUUCGAUUCCUAGUCAGGGCACAUGCUUGGACUGCCAGUUCGGUCCCAGGUUGGGGCAUGUACUAGAGACAACUGAUUGAUGUUUCUCUCUCAUGUCAGUGUUUCUCUCUGUCUCUUUCUCCCUCCCUUCUCUCUAUGAAUAAAUAAAUAAAAUCUCAAAAAAAAAA